ACUCUCUGACUAUAAGUCCGACUUUAGUUCAGUCCACUUUUGGAAAAGUCCGUCCGCCCCGUGCUUUUGCUUGAGCCAUCUCACCGGAAAGAAAUGGUUCUUACAAACUUCACCGGUGCUGGUGUUGGAUUCGGUUUCGGAAUUGGUUGCGGUUUUGGUGUAGGAUGGGGUUUCGGAGGUAUGCCAUUAAAUUUCCUGGGUCUUGGUGCAGGCGGGGGCUGUGGGAUUGGAGUAGGACUUGGUUGGGGAUUUGGCACUGCAUUUGGUAGUCAAUAUCGGUCAUCAAGGAUCACAUUUCAAGGUGUGGAAUUCGACAGUAAGGAAAAAGGCGUCAGUGACGAGUUCUCAAAGGGCAGUUCUCAAAUGAGAUCUUCAUGAAAGUACACACCAAUACUAGUAAGUUAUGAGAAAGCGUUUAUAGCUAGCUCCCUGCCAAAAGCUAAACAGCUCCAGGAUCUCAACAGUGGCUGAGGUUGGUCUACUAGGAGCACCUCAGUUUUAAAUGCUGUAAUAUCAUUUACUCUUUAUAGAUACAUUACAAUGUGGCUUUACUUCCUUCGUGGUCCUUUUGAAUGAUUGCGUUAUAGUUGCACCAACACUGGGUGCGUUUGAUGUCAAGUUGGCAUUAUCUAUUUUUGGUAGUUCUUUA